AUGGAAAUUCUAUCUUUUUAUGAUAUUUUUAUUAAAAAGUUAAAUGAACUUGAUUCUGUAAAAACAUUCACUAAUUACAAAUAUCCUCUUAAUAGAGGAGCAUGUUGGAAUUGUGAAAGAAUAGGUUUUUCUUAUACUUGUUGUGUAGCUUGUAAACAAAAAUUUGAACAGUGUGAUUGUAAGUUUAUUUGUGAACUUAUAUAUCUAACACAAUAUAAUAAAUGUGGACAUCCAUGUCAAUUUGCAAAAUGUAGAUACUUUACAAAUGAUUUGAAUAAUGUUAUUCAUCAAUGUAAAGGCAAGAUAGAAUUACUUCAUACAUUACUUCAAAGUUUAAACACCAAGAAACUUAUUAAUAUUGCAAUUGACAAAUAUGCAGCAGUUGGAAAAACAUCAGUUGGAGAAGCAAUUGUGAAUCAAUAUGAUUAUCAGUUUAUUGAUUCUGGGUUAUUUUAUCAAUAUGUUAGUCAUUAUUAUAAUAAUUACUCAAUUGACCAAAUCAAGCAAAUCUUCAAUGAAGAACAGAAUAAAGGAUUUGUUGUAGUUGAAUAUAAUAUCACUAUACUCUGUUUACCUGAUGCUGAAGUAAAAAUAAUUUUAUCAGCAGAUGUAGAAACUCAUAUAGCUCGACAUGUAUUAUCUCAACCACCAAUUAAACAAGCAUAUAAUGUCUUAUAUAAGAUUGAUACAACCAAAUUAACAUUAUCUGAAGUUGUUGAUAUGAUUUUAAUUCAA